GUUCUGCAGCUGGGUUUUAGCAUCUCCCUGCUUUGUUCUUACUGCGGCUGUAAGUUCACCUGUAGAAUCCCUUCAUCAAGGAAGAACCAGUGCAGGGAGAGUGAACGGCUGGAAGUAACUGUCAGGAGACUACUGCAAUGGCAGAUCAUUCAGUGGUGGACCACUUGACACGACUGAGACUCAAACUCCUAGAAAAGAGAAUAGAAAAUGAACGGGAGAACCUAGAGAAGAUGGAGUCGCCUCUUCCAGCUGCAAGGAACAGAUGUGAGGAUGUGCUACAAAGUGCCUUAAGGCGAAGGAAAGAUCUCUUGCAGGAGCUAAGGGAGCAGCACCUUCUGGAAGAGCUUUCGCAGCCCCCUGCACCAGCUGGAGGACACUGUCACAACCACAGAGCUGCUGCCCCACACAUCUACCAGAUACCUUUUCCAGCUCCAGAGGAGCCACCAAGGAUUAUCCAGCAGAUGAUGCCACCUCAGCCUGCCACCAUCAUCCAGCAGCUACCUCAGCAGCAGUCUCCUCUGAUCACACAGAUCCCCCCUGCCCAACCUUUUGCAGCCCUCCGCUCUGGAAGCAUUAAAGAAGAUAUGGUAGAGAUGAUGCUCAUGCAGAACGCUCAGAUGCACCAGAUCAUCAUGCAGAACAUGAUGCUGAAGGCUCUGCCACCAAUGGCAUUCACACAGCCUGCUGGAGCCAGCCCUCCCCUGCUUCAUUGUGCACAGCAGGACCUGCAGGUUCCUGCUCCCCUGGCUGUGAAAGCAGACAGGCCCAGGCCAUCCGUGGUGCACCACCACCACUACCCUGCUGCAGGGAUUCUCCCAGUGCCCCAUGAGCAAUUCCCAUCCACAUCCAUGGCACAUCACUGGACGAGCGGCACAAUCCCUGCCCUUCCCACGUGGCCCACAUACUGACAGGACAUGUUCCUCUCAACUGGACCAUAGCACUGCUGAAGUCAACCUGUAUUUGAACAGUUCCAUCUGAUUGACAGCCUAAUAUCAAUAAAACUGCACAUUGUUGGUAUAGGAAGUAGCAGAACUCUGCCCUACCUGUGUGAACUGGCUUCACACACUGUUCGGAUAAAUAAUUCUCAGUGAUGAAGAAUAGAAGGAAAUCUGCUCCUGCAGGGUUUGAACACUGAGGUGCAAUAAGUGCAAUCCACAUUUUCAGCCCCAGGAGGGCUCUGAUUCCCCAUCUUUCCCAAAUAUCGUAGUUACAAAGCUGGUCAAGGCUUUCUUCCCAAAGAGCUAUUGGAAGCUAACUUAAGCAGCUUGGAAUUGCAUAUAUUUGUUUCAUUAUUUCUCAAUCCUUCCCUUAUAUAAUCAAGGUUUAGACUUGAUUUAAGCACACAAAAUAAAAUCUUGUGGUUCUUCCUGGAA